CCAGCAGCUACGCUAGGAUGUCCAAGACCGUGGGGGUUCCUAUCUCGCUGUUGCACGAGGGCGAGGGCCGCACCGUGACCAUCGAGCUCAAGAAUGGCGAGGUGUACCGCGGCCACCUGACGGAGAGCGAGGACAGCAUGAACUGCCAGCUGAGCGACGUGGUGCUCACGCAACGCGACGGUCAGAAGAGCAAACUCGAGCUCGUAUAUGUGCGCGGCUCGCAGAUUAAGCUGGUGAUUCUCCCGGAUAUUCUCAAGAACUCGCCACUGCUGAGCAAAGUGCAGGCGCUUAGCAAGAAGAAGGAGGACACCAAGAAGAAGAAACCGCAAGGUCGCAGACGCGCUGGUCCCCGCAAGUAGACAGCUGCAGAGGUGCUCGCUCACAGGCUGUAAAGUGCCAGCGUUUUCAACUAACGGACGGUCACUAGAGCCAGAGAUAUAGCUGAAAGGCUGUAGUGGAGCUCUGAGCGACUUGAAGACGAAGACGACAUGACUUUUUUAUUG